AAGUCACAAGAGAAAGAAUUAGACUGAAUCUCAGAGGAAAUGGAUGGGUUGGGGACAGGGGCACAGGUGAAAGGGUUAUCCUGAAGAAAAGCAGUGAUGCAUCUUCCUUUUAAAAAAGGACAGGAAACGGAGUAGAUACAGAGACAGAUGUAGGUAAGUAUCCAGGGUAGCAUCAUCUGUCGCUGGGAAGCUAAGGCUAUCUGCCGAGACUGAGAGGAAGAGCAUGCAUUGGGGAAUUUUUGAGGGGGAAAGAAAAGUUACCAUUGUGAUUGGAAAACGGACUUGAGCAGGCACGAGUGACUAAUUGCUAAAUAAUGUUAAACACCCCUGCAAUCACAAAUGUAGAAAGAGGCUAUCAGAAUGGUUAAGCCUUUUUCUCCAGUAGCUCCCAUAACAGCAGAAAGCAAAUAGAGUGAACCUGGAUGGGGAUCGGAAGGGAAGGUAUGAUGGAGAACGUGGGCGGGGGGCCGGGAAGAGGGGGAUGGUGUGAAGUCAGAAAUUGAGGGUGGUAAUGAGGUUGACUGAAGGGCUGAGUCAUAGGGAUCCUGCUUGAUUCUGGAGGAAAGCCAAGACCAGACAGGGCUGAUAAACGUGGACAACGAGGAGGAUGAAGAGUCCCAGCAGGACGAGUGGAAGUGAAGGAGUACUCGAGACGGAAAAAUGUGAUGUGGGAGUCCUAAGUUGCAGAUCCUGGAGUUGCAGCAGCUGCAGGUGAUGUGAUUUACCUGGACGUUGGGAGCUGGGAGUUGGGAGAGGAGGCGUAGGGAGCUACGAUCAAGUUGUUUUGUUCCGAUCAAGUAUGUUCCAAGACUCCCUCACUCAAGACUCCGUUCUUGAAGCUACAGCUCAGUCAUGAGCACUGACAGUAACUCCUUGGCACGUGAGUUUCUGACCGAUGUCAACCGGCUUUGCAAUGCAGUGGUCCAGAGAGUGGAGGCCAGGGAGGAGGAGGAGGAGGAGACGCACAUGGCAGCCCUUGGACAAUACCUUGUCCAUGGCCGAGGAUUUCUGUUACUGACCAGGCUAAAUUCUAUCAUUGACCAGGCAUUGACAUGUAGGGAAGAACUCCUUACCCUGCUUCUGUCGCUGCUCCCCCUGGUCUGGAAGAUCCCUGUUCAAGAGGAGAAGGCAGCUGAUUUUAACCUGCCGUUCUCAGCUGAUAUCAUCCUGACCAAAGAAAAGAGCUCUAGUUCUCAAAGAUCUACUCAGGAAAAAGUAUAUUCAGAAGGAAGUGCCCCAGCUGGUCAGGUUUCUGCAAAAGUAAACGUUUUUCAAAAAAGCAGAAGACAGCGUAAAACUACCCAGCGCUAUUCUGUAAGAGACGCGAGAAAGACCCAGCUCUCCACCUCUGACUCGGAAGCCAAUUCAGAUGACAAGAGUGUGGCAGUGAGUAAGCACAGGAGGUCCCACCUGCUGCAGCGUUUGGUAACCCAGUCUCCUAAAGAAGACCUCCUCACCGCUGAGCUUGACCGCUCAUCAACCAAAGAAGAGCAGGUUCCUCCUGCUGCCAUGGCUCUGGACAAUUCCAGGGAGACCAUUCCAAGACAGGAGUCAAACACUGACAUUUUAAGUGAGUCGGCUGCCUUGUCUAUUAUCAGGCACAUGAGCAAUUCUCCAUUUGACCUGUGUCAUGUUUUGUUAUCCUUAUUAGAGAAAGUUUGUAAGUUUGACAUUACCUUGAAUCAUAGUUCUGCCCUAGCAGCCAGUGUAGUGCCGACACUGACCGAGUUCCUAGCAGGUUUUGGGGACUGCCGUGAUCUCAGCGACAGUUUGGAGAGUCAGAUGGUUUCUGCGGGUUGGACCGAAGAACCCGUGGCUUUGAUUCAACGGAUGCUUUUUCGCACGGUGUUGCAUCUCAUGUCGGUAGAUAUUAGUACCGCAGAGACAAUGCCAGAAAGUCUCAGAAAAAAUUUAACCGAAUUGCUUAGAGCAGCUUUAAAAAUUAGAACCUGCCUAGAAAAGCAGCCUGACCCUUUUGCACCGAGACAAAAGAAAACACUACGGGAGGUUCAGGAGGACUUUGUGUUUCCCAGGUACCGCCACAGAGCCCUUCUUCUGCCCGAGCUUCUGGAAGGAGUUCUCCAGAUUCUGAUCUGUAGUCUUCAAAGUGCAGCCUCAAACCCUUUCUUCUUCAGUCAGGCCAUGGAUCUGGUUCAAGAGUUCAUUCAGCAUCACGGAUUUAAUUUAUUUGAAACAGCAGUUCUUCAGAUGGAAUGGCUGGUUUUAAGAGAGGGAGUCCCUCCCGAGGCCUCAGAACAUCUGAAAGCCCUAAUAAAUAGCGUGAUGAAAAUUAUGAGCACUGUCAAAAAAGUGAAAUCAGAGCAGCUUCACCAGUCGAUGUGUACAAGGAGAAGGCACAGGCGUUGUGAAUAUUCCCACUUUAUGCAUCACCACAGAGAUCUCUCAGGUCUUCUGGUGUCGGCUUUUAAAAACCAGGUUUCCAAAAACCCAUUCGAAGAGACGGCAGAUGGUGACGUUUAUUACCCGGAGCGGUGCUGCUGCAUCGCCGUGUGCGCGCACCGGUGCCUGCGCGUCCUGCAGCAGGCCUCCCUGAGCAGCACGUGCGUCCACAUCCUGUCAGGGGUUCAGAGCAUCGGCAUCUGCUGUUGCAUGGACCCCAAGUCCGUGAUCAUUCCUUUGCUCCACGCUUUUAAGUUGCCAGCGCUGAAAAACUUUCAGCAGCAUAUACUGAAUAUUCUUAACAAACUAAUUUUGGAUCAGUUAGGAGGAGCCGAGAUACCACAAAAAAUCAAGAAGGCAGCUUGCAAUAUUUGUACCGUGGACGCUGAUCAGCUCGCCAAGUUAGAAGAGACCCUGCAGGGAGACUCCAGUGCUGCCGAACCUUCGUCAGGUUUAUCCAGUCCUUCUUACAGGUGUCAAGGGAUCCUGCCCAGCAGCGGCGCUGAAGACUUGCUGUGGAAAUGGGAUGCCUUAGCGGCCUAUCAGAACUUUGUUUUUGAGGAAGACAGGUUACAGAGUGUACAGAUUGCAAAUCACAUCUGCAGUUUAAUCCAGAAAGGCAAUGUAGUUGUUCAGUGGAAACUGUAUAACUACAUCUUUAAUCCUGUGCUCCAAAGGGGAGUCAGACUAGCACAUCACUGUCAACAGCUCGGCAUUACUUCAGCGCAGACUCAUGUGUGCAGCCAUCAUCAUCAGUGUCUGCCCCAGGAAGUGCUUCAGAUUUAUUUAAAAACCCUACCUACCCUACUUAAAUCAAGGGUAAUAAGAGAUUUGUUUUUAAACUGUAAUGGAGUAAAUCAAAUAAUUGAAUUAAAUUACUUAGAUGGUAUUCGAAAUCACUCGCUAAAAGCGUUUGAAACUCUGAUAAUCAGCCUAGGGGAACAGCAGAAAGGCUCUUCAACUCCAGCUGUUGAUGGGAUGGACACUGAACAGGAGUCGUCAUCUUUCAGUGUAGCUGCUUUGCGUGACCAGCACGCUUAUUCAGAUUCUCAGAGUCUUAGCAAAUUUUAUGCCCGCCUCAAGGACGCUUAUCCCAAGAAACAGAAGUCUGUCACCCAGGAUGUCCAUAUCAGCACGAUCAACCUGUUCCUCUGCGUGGCGUUCUUGUGUGUGAGCAAAGAAGCCGAGUGUGAGAGAGAGUCAGCCAAUGAGUCGGAAGACACUUCCGGCUACGACAGCACGGCCAGCGAGCCUCUGCAGUGCGUCCUGCCAUGCUUGUCUGUCCAGAGCCUCAUCCUGCCUUCGCCCGAACAGAUGCACCGCGCGGCAGACAUCUGGGCCAUGUGUCGGUGGAUCUACAUGCUGAGUCCCGUUUUCCAGAAACAGUUUCACAGGCUUGGUGGUUUCCGAGUAUGCCAUACACUGAUAUUUAUGAUAAUCCAGAAACUAUUCACAGGUUCUGCAGAGGAGCAAGGGAAAAAGGAAGGAGCUAUAAAUGUGGGCGAAAACCAAGAUUCAAGCAGAACUUCUCAAUCUGAGGUCCCCGGGAAGGAAGAUUUGUUAUGUUUAACUGUAAGAGGUCACCUGGCUCCGUCAGAACUGGGCGGCCUGAAAACGAGCGCUGGUGGUUCAGGUGAGCUGGAGUCACAGCACCUGUCCUCCGUAAACGUGGGGCAGACUUCAGCUGCCGAGGCUGCUCCCGAGGAAGCAAAGGUAUUUACGCCUGGAGAAAGUGGGCCCUCGCUUCAGAGCAUUCGACUUUUGGAGGCUCUUCUGGCCAUUUGUCUCCACGGCACCAGAGCUAGUCAGCAGAAGAUGGAGCUGGAGCCAGCUCAUCAGAACUUGUCAGUGGAAAAUAUAUUGCUUGAAAUGAAGGACCGUCUUUCCCUGUCCAAGGUGGUUGAAACAGAAUUAGCAAAGCCUUUAUUUGAUGCCCUGCUUCGAGUUGCUCUGGGGGAUCAUUCAGCAGAUUUUGAACCCAGUGAUGCCAUGACUGACAAGAGUCACCAGUCUGAAGAAGAAUUGUCAUCCCAGCCCGGUGAUUUUUCAGAAGAAGCCGAGGAUUCUCAGUGUUGUGGUCUUAAAUUGUUGGUGGAAGAAGAAGGUUAUGAAGCAGACAGUGAGAGUAACCCUGAGGACAGUGAAACCCGAGAUGAUGGGGUGGACUUAAAGCCUGAAGCAGAAAGUUUCAGUGCAUCAAGCAGUCCUAAUGACUUACUUGAAAACCUCACUCAAGGGGAAAUAAUUUAUCCCGAGAUUUGUAUGCUGGAAUUAAAUUUGCUCUCUGCUGGUAAAGCCAAACUUGAUGUGCUUGCCCACGUGUUUGAGAGUUUUUUGAAAAUCAUCAGGCAGAAAGAAAAGAACGUUUUCCUACUCAUGCAGCAGGGAACUGUGAAAACUCUUUUAGGAGGGUUCUUGAGUAUUUUAACACAGGCUGAUUCUGAUUUUCAAGCAUGCCAGAGAGUAUUGGUGGAUCUUUUGAUAUCUUUGAUGAGCUCAAGAACUUGUUCAGAAGAGCUAAUCCUUCUCUUGAGAGUAUUUCUGGAGAAAUCUCCUUGUACAGAAAUUCUCCUUCUGGGCAUUCUGAAAAUUGUUGAAAGUGACGUUACUAUGAGUCCUUUGCAGUACCUGACCUUCCCUUUACUGCAUACUCCGAAUUUAAGCAACGGUGUUUCAUCACAGAAGUGUGCUGGGGUUCUCAGCAGUAAGGCCAUGGGGCUGUUGAGAAGGGCACGCAUUUCACGGCGCAGGAGAGAGGCCGGCAGGGAGGGCUUUCCCCAGCAGCUGCUUUCCUCCUGGCACGUCGCCCCCAUCCACCUGCCGCUGCUGGGGCAGAACUGCUGGCCGCACCUGGCGGAAGGCUUCAGCGUCUCACUGUGGUUUAAUGUGGAGUGUCUCCAUGAAGCAGUGAGCACUGCAGAGAAAGGGAAGAAGACAAAGAAAAGAAACAGAUCCUUAAUGCUACGCAGCAGCAGUGUGGAGGGAACAGAGGACAACAGACCGGAAGGUGCAGAGUGCACGAAUCCUGGGGAAAGACUCCUAGAAGAUGGCUGUGUUCAUCUGAUUUCACUGGGAUCCAAAGCGCUGAUGAUCCAAGUGUGGGCUGAUCCCCCCAGUGGCUCUUUUAUCUUUCGUGUGUGCAUGGAUUCAAAUGAUGAUGCGAAAGCUGUUUUACUAGCGCAGGUUGAAUCACAGGAGAAUAUUUUCCUCCCAAGCAAGUGGCAGCAUUUAGUACUCACCUACUUACAGCAGCCCCAGGGAAAAAAGAACAUCCAUGGGAAAAUCUCCACGUGGGUCUCGGGACAGAGGAAGCCUGAUGUUACUUUGGAUUUUAUGCUUCCAAGAAAAACGAGUUUGUCAUCUGACAGCAAUAAAACGUUUUGCAUGAUCGGCCAUUGUUCGCCAUCCCAAGAAGAGUGUUUACAGUUGGCUGGAAAAUGGGACCUAGGAAAUUUACUCCUCUUCAGUGGAGCUAAGCUUGGUUCACAAGAGGCAUUUUAUUUAUAUGCUUGUGGACCCAACCAUACGUCUAUAAUGCCUUGUAAAUAUGGCAAACCUGUGAAUGACUAUUCCAAGUACAUUAAUAAGGAAAUUUUGCGAUGUGAAGAAAUCAGAGAACUUUUUAUGACCAACAAAGAUGUGGACAUUGGUCUUUUAAUUGAAAGCCUUUCAGUUGUGUAUACAACUUACUGUCCUGCUCAGUACACCAUCUAUGAGCCAGUCAUUAGACUUAAAGGUCAAAUGAAAACCCAGCUCUCUCAAAGACCCUUCAGCUCGAAAGAAGUUCACAGCAUCUUAUUAGAACCCCACCAUCUGAAGACGCUCCGGCCCACUGAGUGUAAGACCGUUCAGGGCAUUCUGCACGAGAUCGGUGGAACUGGCAUAUUUGUUUUUCUCUUUGCGAGGGUUGUGGAACUCAGUAGCUGUGAAGAAACUCAAGCAUUAGCACUGAGAGUUAUCCUCUCAUUGAUCAAGUGCAACCAACAGAGAAUACGUGAAUUAGAGAAUUGUGAUGGGCUUUCCAUGAUUCACCAGGUGCUGGUCAAACAGAAGUGUAUUGUUGGCUUUCACAUGUUAAAGACCCUUCUUGAAGGUUGCUGUGGUGAAGACAUCAUUCACAUCAACGAGAAUGGAGAAUUUAAGUUGGAUGCAGAGUCUAAUGCUAUCAUCCAAGACACUAAAGUGCUGGAGGAGCUCCUGCUUGACUGGAAGAUAUGGAAUAAGGCAGAGGAAGGUGUCUGGGAAGGCCUGCUGGCAGCCCUGGAAGUCCUCAUCCGAGCAGACCACCAGCAGCAGGUGUUUAACAUUAAGCAGUUGCUGAAAGCGCGAGUGGUUCAUCAUUUUCUGCUGACCUGUCAGGUUUUGCAGGAACACAAAGAGGGGCAGCUCACAUCCUUGCCCCGCGAGGUUUGUAGAUCAUUUGUGAAAAUUAUAGCAGAAGUCCUUGGAUCUCCUCCAGAUUUGGAAUUAUUGACAAUUAUCUUCAAUUUCCUUUUAGCAGUCCACCCUCCUACUAAUACUUACGUUUGUCACAACCCCACAAACUUCUACUUUUCUUUGCACAUAGAUGGCAAGAUCUUUCAGGAGAAAGUACAGUCGAUCGUGUGCCAGAGGCGCUCUGGCAGUGGAGGAAGGUCUGUUACCAGCCCUGGACUGACGGUCAUAAGCCCAUCUGCUUUUACUGCUUCACCACCCGAAGGCACCGUCGCAAGCCUCGGACUGGCCUUCCCGUCACAGCACGGAGCUGCCGCCCUGGGCCGCUGGCCCAGCCUGGCCGACAGGAGCGCCGAGGACUGGGACAACUUUGCCUUUCCUCUCCGCUGCGAGCCGCUGGGCCGCCGGGCCGCAGGCGCUCACAGUGUGACUGAAGACUGCCUGGUCCCCAUAUGCUGUGGGCUGUACGAACUCUUGAGCGGGGUCCUUCUCAUCCUGCCUGACGCCAUGCUGGAAGACGUGAUGGACAAGCUCAUUCAAGCAGACGCGCUCUUAGUCCUUGUUAACCACCCGUCACCUGCCAUACAGCGAGGAGUUAUUAAACUACUGCAUGCAUAUUUUAAUAGAGCAUCUAAGGAACAAAAAGAUAAAUUUCUGAAGAAUCGUGGCUUUUCCUUGCUAGCAAACCAGUUGUAUCUUCAUCGGGGAACUCAGGAAUUGUUAGAAUGCUUCAUUGAAAUGUUCUUUGGCCGACGCAUUGGCCUUGAUGAAGAGUUUGAUCUGGAAGAUGUGAAAAACAUAGAGCUUUUUCAGAAGUGGUCCGUCAUCCCUGUGCUGGGGCUGAUAGAGACCUCCCUGUAUGACAACUUGCUCUUGCAUAACGCUCUCCUGCUGCUUCUGCAAAUCCUGAAUUCUUGCUCCAAGGUGGCGGACAUGCUGCUGGAUAACGGGCUCCUCUAUGUGUUGUGUAACACGGUGGCAGCCCUGAACGGGUUAGAGAAGAACGUUCCUUCGAAUGAACACAGACUGCUGGCUUGUGACAUACAGCAGCUCCUCAUAGCAGUUACAAUCCACGCUUGCAGUUCCUCGGGCUCACAGUAUUUUAGAGUUAUUGAAGACCUCAUUGUACUGCUUGGAUAUCUUCAAAACAGCAAAAACAAGAGGACACAAAAUAUGGCUGUCGCACUGCAGUUCAGAGUUCUCCAGGCGGCCAUGGAGUUUAUAAAGACCACCGCCAACCAUGACCCUGACAGCCUUGCAGACUCGUGCCAGUCGCCUUCUCCCCACCAUGCAGUGUUGCAGAAGCGAAGGAGCAUUGCUGGUCCUCGAAAAUUUCCUCUUGCGCAAACUGACUCUCUUCUGAUGAAAAUGCGCUCGGUAGCAAGUGAUGAACUUCACAUGAUGAUGCAACGGAGGAUGAGCCAGGAGAGCCCAGUCCAGGCAACCGAGACGGAGCUUGCCCAGAGGCUGCAGAGGCUCGCCAUUUUAGCAGUUAACAGGAUAAUUUACCAAGAGUUUAAUCCAGACAUUAUUGACAUUUUGAGUACUCCAGAAAAUGCUGCUCAAAGCCAGACCUCAGUUUCCGAGACUGAAAUUUCUGAAGAAAAUAUUCAUCAUGAACAGCAGCCUUCUGCUGUCAACCCGUUUCAGAAAGAGGUGUUCACCUAUCUGGUAGAAGCAUUCAAAACAUCUACUGGUUCAAGUAAAACCAGUGGUCCCAGACAGCAGUGGGCUAAACUCCUGGGCUCCUGCAAGGAGACCUUCCGAAUGCAGCUCGGGAGGCUGCUGGUGCAUAUCUUGUCGCCAGCACACCCCUCACAAGAGAGAAAACAAAUUUUUGAAAUAGUUCGUGAACCAAAUCAUCAGGAAAUACUACGAGACUGUCUUAGUCCAUCCCUGCAACGUCUGUCAGCUCCGAUUGUCCCGCAGGGAAGGCCGCUCCCUUCUCAGCUAUUUGGCUGCCCCGCAGUGUGGUCUGCGCAGGAAAGUCUUGUCCUCAUCUAUGGUGGCCUCUUCCCCAGCAGCGUCCUGCUGACUGGCCGCUGUGUCACAGUGUCCGCCCAGCACACAGAACAGAAGAAAUAUGAAACUGAAGAAGGCGUGAAUAAAGCCAACUGGCAGAAGACAGUUAAUAAUAAUCAGCAAAGUCUCUUUCAGCGUCUCGAUUCAAAAUCCAAGGAUAUAUCCAAAAUAGCUGCAGACAUUACGCAGGCAGUGUCUCUCUCACAAGGAAUUGAGAGGAAGAAGGUGAUCCAGCACAUCAGAGGCAUGUACAAAGUGGACCUGAGCGCCAGCCGACACUGGCAGGAGCUCGUCCAGCAGCUGACGCAUGACCGAGCCGUCUGGUAUGACCCCCUCUACUAUCCAACUUCAUGGCAGUUGGAUCCAACAGAAGGGCCGAAUCGGGAGAGGAGGCGUUUACAGAGAUGCUACUUAACCAUUCCAAAUAAGUACCUCCUCAAGGAUAGGCAGAAAUCCGAAGAUGUGGUCAAACCACCACUCUCUUACCUAUUUGAAGACAAAACUCACUCUUCUUUCUCUUCUACUGUAAAAGACAAAGCUGCAAGUGAGUCUAUCAGAGUGAAUCGAAGAUGUAUCAGCGUUGCCCCAUCUAGAGAGACAGCUGGUGAAUUGUUACUGGGUAAAUGUGGAAUGUAUUUUGUGGAAGAUAACGCUUCUGAUACAGUUGAAAGUUCGAGCCUUCAGGGAGAAUUAGAACCAGCAUCAUUUUCCUGGACAUACGAAGAAAUUAAAGAAGUUCACAAGCGUUGGUGGCAGUUGAGAGAUAAUGCUGUGGAAAUAUUUUUAACAAAUGGCAGGACACUCCUGUUAGCAUUUGAUAACACCAAGGUCCGUGAUGAUGUGUACCACAGCAUUCUAACAAACCACCUCCCUAACCUUCUGGAAUACGGCAACAUCACGGCUCUGACAAAUUUGUGGUAUGCUGGACAAAUUACUAACUUCGAAUACUUGACUCACUUGAACAAGCAUGCCGGCCGGUCCUUCAACGACCUCAUGCAGUACCCAGUGUUCCCGUUCAUCCUGGCCGACUACGUCAGUGAGACCCUUGAUCUCGGCGACCCCGCCGUCUACAGAAACCUCUCCAAGCCCAUCGCGGUGCAGUACAAAGAAAAGGAAGACCGGUACGUGGACACUUACAGGUACCUGGAGGAGGAGUACCGCAAAGGGGCCCGCGAGGACGACCCGAUGCCCCCGGUACAGCCCUACCACUACGGCUCCCACUACUCCAACAGCGGCACGGUGCUGCACUUCCUGGUCAGGAUGCCUCCCUUCACCAAGAUGUUCCUGGCCUACCAAGAUCAGAGUUUUGACAUCCCAGACAGAACUUUUCAUUCUACAAAUACAACGUGGCGUCUGUCAUCUUUUGAGUCCAUGACUGAUGUGAAGGAACUUAUCCCAGAGUUCUUCUAUCUUCCAGAAUUCUUAGUUAACCGUGAAGGGUUUGAUUUCGGUGUGCGUCAGAAUGGCGAACGGGUUAAUCACGUUAACCUCCCACCCUGGGCACGUAACGACCCUCGCCUCUUCAUCCUCAUCCACCGCCAGGCUCUGGAGUCCGACUACGUGUCCCAGAACAUCUGCCAGUGGAUCGACCUGGUGUUCGGGUAUAAGCAGAAAGGGAAGGCCUCUGUCCAAGCCAUCAAUGUUUUCCAUCCUGCUACGUACUUUGGGAUGGACGUCUCUGCAGUGGAAGAUCCAGUUCAGAGACGAGCGCUGGAAACCAUGAUCAAAACCUACGGCCAGACCCCUCGUCAGCUGUUCCAGUCGGCGCACGCCGGCAGGCCUGGGUCCAGGCUCAGCAUUGAAGGAGAGCUCCCUGCCGCCGUGGGGCUGUUAGUGCAGUUCGCGUUCAGGGAAACCAAAGAGCAGGUCAAGGAGGUCACCUAUCCGAGUCCUUUGUCAUGGAUAAAAGGCUUGAAAUGGGGGGAGUACGUUGGCUCCCCAAGCGCUCCGGUGCCCGUGGUCUGCUUCAGCCAGCCCCACGGGGAGAGAUUUGGGUUUCUCCAGGCCCUGCCCACUAGAGCAAUCUGUGGUUUGUCGCGCAACUUCUGUCUUCUGAUGACAUACAGUAAAGAACAAGGUGUGAGAAGCAUGAACAGCACUGACAUUCAGUGGUCAGCCAUCCUGAGCUGGGGCUAUGCCGACAACAUUUUGCGGCUGAAGAGCAAGCAGAGCGAGCCUCCAGUAAGCUUCAUCCAGGGCUCGCAGCAGUAUCAGGUGACUAGUUGUGCGUGGGUGCCUGACAGUUGCCAGCUGUUUACCGGGAGCAAGUGUGGCGUCAUCACAGCCUACACCAACAGGUUUACCAGUGGCACGCCCUCGGAGAUAGAAAUGGAGUCUCAGGUACAUCUCUAUGGGCACACGGAAGAGAUAACCAGCUUAUGUGUGUGCAAGCCGUAUAGUAUAAUGAUAAGUGUAAGCAGAGAUGGAACCUGCAUCAUAUGGGACCUGAACAGGCUGUGCUACGUACAAAGUCUGGCGGGACACAAAAGCCCUGUCACGGCCGUCUCUGCCAGUGAAACUACAGGUGACAUAGCCACCGUGUGUGACUCAGCUGGUGGAGGCAGUGACCUCCGACUCUGGACGGUGAACGGCGACCUCGUUGGACAUGUCCACUGCAGAGAGAUCAUUUGUUCUGUCGCCUUCUCCAACCAGCCUGAGGGAGUAUCCAUCAACGUGAUUGCUGGGGGAUUAGAAAACGGAAUCGUGAGGUUGUGGAGCACGUGGGACCUAAAGCCUGUGCGGGAAAUUACAUUUCCUAAGUCAAACAAGCCCAUCGUGAGCCUUACGUUUUCCUGUGACGGCCACCAUUUGUACACGGCCAGCAGCGAUGGGACGGUGAUCGCCUGGUGUCGGAAGGACCAGCAGCGCCUGAAACAGCCCAUGUUCUAUUCCUUCCUCAGCAGCUAUGCGGCUGGGUGAGCGCGGAGGACCUCCCCUUCUGCAGAGCACUUCAACUCCAAGCCAGUUUGCUGACUUCGCCGGGUCCAGAAGGUUGAACCUGAAGACGUGUUUGACCAGACAGACCACCCAGAUAACGAUCGAGUCUGUUCAUCUGCACAGAGUUCUGCAGCCUCACAAGGUCCUCAGGGGAAAGUUUUGUUCUAGUUUAGUGAUAAUGUGGAGGGUCGCGUCAGUGUGCACUGACCAACAACGUUUAAGGUUGGCACAUCCAUUAAAAUCAUAUUCUUAAAGUGUUUUUCCACAAGGGAUUCUAAAGGAAGGAUUAGUGUCUCUCUUUUUCUGUUUUCUAUUAGUUCCUGUUUUCUAUUUUUCCAAAAAGACCAGUAGAAUUUAAGUUGGUUAGCUAAUUGUUUAUAUAAAAUACUCUAAAAAAAGUUACAUCUAAAAAAUUUUCUGCCAGGAUAACACACACCUCCCUCCUCAAAAAAAGGAAAGAUAAAAACGAAAAAUUCAGGACUUCAUCAUCACUUUCUUUGAGAAGUAUGCAAUUCAUUAGGUGCCUCUGCACCAAACAUUUUUUGGAAUAUCCAGAUAUCAGACUCUCAGUGUUAAGGCAGUUUUUGCCUGUUGCCUUCUUAGCUCAGAGUAGAACCAGAAUUUUUGACAUUCUGUUUCUUCAUAAAAAUCCUGCUUAAAAUCCAUAACACUAGAUAUUGACUGUCCUUACUUGAGUCACUAAGAUUUAAACACAGUUUACAGAGCGUCAAGCACUGAACAGUUUGCAGCAGGAGCCCUGCACAGCAGAGGACGCUUGCGCAGGCAUGAGUGAUGCAGGCCUGACACGGCCUGUAAUCUAACGUGCAGGAGGAGUUACCGAAGAAAAGGACAGCUUACUCUGUGCCUAACAGGAGGCAGAAUAAUUCUUUUAGGAAGCAGUUUCCACUCUGUUUCUGCUAACCUUUACCCCCCGAAAACCCUAGGAACGAUAGAAAAGUCUUCGUGUACCCCACAGCAAGCUUACAUGCGAUGAAGACAGGCUUCCUGAAAAUCCCGGGUCAGCCCGUCCCUGCCGUGAUGCUGUGGCUGCAUCUUCCUUGGGUGCUGCUGUAUCGGCUUUGAAAACACUGUCAGAGCAGCUCAGUAACGCUACCAUGAGAUAAAAGUGUGUGUUCCUGCCUAAGAAUAGCUUGCGUGUUUGUUCUGGGAAACUGAGUUCAUAUGGUGUUUACAGAACUACUUUUGUAACUUCCAGACUUUCUAAAACAUUCUGCUUAAAAGCUGUAUAACGUCCAAUUCCAGAGCCUCUGCUGCGGAGACACACACGCGAGCAGGCAGGUGGCCGCGUGUGCGUGGGACCUCACGUUGCGAGCAGGGCGCCCGGCCUCCCGGGUCAGGGUCUGCGCAGACCCGGCGGCGGUCCGGUCCGGGCAGCUGCGGAGGCGAGGGUCUUCCUGCUCACUUUGCAGUGACUGGCUCUGUUUAAAAGAAAAAAAAAAAAAGAAUUGCAGGUAUUGCCUCCUUUCCCUUUUCUACUGAGAACUGUAAACUGGCCCCUUGUUAGAAUAGGGUUGCUACUCGGUCUGUUUUUUUAAGGCUGAAUUUCAUUUAUCUAAAGAGAAAAUAUGCACCAUAACCGGUCUUGUCAAGAGUGCAAGAUUAUAUUUUUAUGUAAAAAGUUAAAUUGGGGGGUUAUUUAUUCAGCAUGAGACUUAACGUGUGUGUCUGAAACGCGUCACAACGUGCAUGUAGCAGGGAGACCCCCGCCAGUGUCACUGGCUGUCCUAUCUUUGUGUGCACUGCCGCUUCAAAUCGGGAAUAAAUUUCAUAAAACAGACUUAAGGACUAUUCUUAACACAAGUUAAAUAUUAUGGCCAGACCUCAGGUUGAUGGCUUUUUUAAUAACCCGUAUAAGUUCUCUCUCUAGCUCUCCUGUAAAUUUAUGUUGCUAAAAA